AUGGCUUGGUUAUUACAAUCUGUUUCCCGUGAAAUUGUAGCUAGCAUUAUGUUUCAGGAUUCAACCACUGCUAUGUGGAAUGACCUCCAUGAACGAUUCAAUCAAGGCAAUGGCCCUAGGAUAUUCCAGCUCCAAACUUCGGUCCACACCAUCAAACAAGGAGACUCGGAUAUCAAUUCCUAUUUUACCCGUCUCAAAGUUAUUUGGGAUGAGCUCAAAGAAUUUCAGUCGAUUGUUCCUUCCUCAUGUGGCUGCAAAUGUGGUGCUGUUGAGAGACUUCUUGGAUACUAUCACAGAGAUCAAAUUAUGCAGUUUCUUGCUAGGCUCAACGACUCUUACUCUCUAGUGAGGGCUCAAAUUCUUCUCUACGAUCCUCUUCCUUCUCUGUCCAAGGUCUUCUCCAUGGUGUCCCAAGAAGACAGACAAAGAAGUCUCGGCCACACCACUCCGUUCAUUGUUGCUGUAGGGGGUUCGAACACCUCAACCAAGCCCCCUACAUCAAGAUCAAAGAAACCGAGACCCACGUGUUCUCAUUGUCUCAAACUGGGUCACUUGGUGGACAAAUGUUUCUUUCUUCAUGGAUUUCCUCCUUGGUAUGGUGACAAGCGUCGUCAAGAUGAAGCUCUCAAACCCUCGAUUCAUCAAGUUUCCGCAUCUCCCGUCUAUGCUUUGAUUUUGGGAAAACCGCCUAUGCUGUCCCAAACUGAGCUCAGUCAGCAGCUUAUCUCCCUUCUAACAAAACAAAAAAGGCUUCCCUUUGUGUCUAAUAAUAAUAAGGCUUCUACGCCAAUUGAUCUUGUUCACUUUGACAUUUGGGGGCCAUUUCAUGUUCUUAGCAUAGAUGGGUACAAAUAUUUUCUUAUGAUUGUUGAUGAUCACACUCGUUUUACAUGGCUGUUAGAUUUGAUAAUGCAAAAGAACUUAACCUAUCUUCUUUCUAUGCUUCCGAAGGGAUUGAACAAUUUCACUCAUGUGUUGAUAGGCCUCAACAAAAUUCUAACUCCAUCAUUACUUUUAAAGAAAAAGACUUCUUUUGAGCUUCUUUAUGAUAAAUUGCCUUCAUACGAGCAUCUUAGAAAUUUUUGUUGCCUUGCUUAUGCUUCCACUUUAGAUAGGACUAGACAUAAAUUCUCUCCUCGAUCUAAAGCUUGUGUUUUCAUUGGUUACCCGCAUGGAAUGAAGGCCUAUACUUUUCUUGAUAUUGAAAGUCAACAGAUAUUUCAUUCUAGAGAUUUCAUCUUCUAUGAGCAUAUUUACCCUUUAAAGCAUGACAAGUCUACUGUGUGUACUGAUUCAUUAUUCCUGACAAAAGUGUUUGAUGCAGAACCCCAUCAUCCUCAAGUGCCCUCUUCUUCCAAUAACGCUCUUGAGGAUCCCUCUCCUACGUUACCUAUGGUUACCACUUCAAAAAGUGGAAGGCCUAUUUCUCGCCCCUCUUAUCUUAAAGACUAUGCUUGUAACUUUGCUAUUUCUGAGUCGUCUACUACUUAUCCUUUAUCUAAUGUUCUAUCUUAUGAUAGGUUAAGUGAUCACUUUUGGGCUGCCAUUUUGUCUGCACAUAUGGUAGUAGAACCAUCAAGGUACAAGCAAGCUUCAAAUAUUCCAGAGUGGCAGCAGGCGAUGAACGAUGAACUUCAUGCGCUUGACCGAAAUAACACUUGGGAAAUUGUCUCUUUUCCGAACAACAUGCUAUAG